AUGCCGAAGCCCACGCUGCUGCUGCGCGGGGGCUGGGAGCGCGAGCGCAGCCCCGGGGACUCGGAGCUGGGCCGCCAGUUCCGCGACUGGUGCCUGCGCACCUACGGCGACUCGGCCAAGACCAAGACGGUGACGCGCAGCAAAUACCAGCGGAUCGCCGAGGUCCUGCAGGGCGGCGGCGCGGGCGGCGGCGGGACGGGCGGCGCGGGCAGCGGCCCCGCGGCCACGGCGGCGGCGGCGGCGGCGGCGGCGGGCGAGAAAGGCAAGUUCCAGUUCUGGGUGCGCUCCAAGGGCUUCCGCCUGGGCAGCGGCCGGGAAGCCAAGACGGGCCAAGUGGUCUAUGUGCCGGUCAAGACGGGCUCGGGGGCAGAUGGUCUGUCGGAGCCCGAGGGCGUCUCUCUGAAGCGGGUUGCUGUGGUGGAAGAUUUCUUUGACAUCAUCUACUCGAUGCAUGUGGAGAGCUCAGCGGAGCCAGGCAAAGCCCCCAAGCACGCCGGGCAGAAGAAAACCUACAGAGCGAUCGCAGAGACCUAUGCCUUCCUCCCACGAGAGGCUGUGACCCGAUUUCUGAUGAGCUGCACGGAAUGUCAGAAGAGGAUGCACUUUAACUCCAAUGGCCUGGAGCCCAAAGAAAACGAGCCUGCAUCUCCUCUGGUCUCCGGGAUUAUUGACUACAACAUGCCCCUCACCUCCACCUACCUGAAGCAGAUGAAGUUGCGGGUGAUGAAUUCCCAGGAGCAGGAUGAGACUUCCGUGAGCAGUGAGGAUUUUGAUAUGAACGACUCCACAUGGAUGUCAGCUGACCCACACCUGGCCUCCAGCCUGAGUCCCAGCCAGGACGAGAGGAUGAGGAGCCCCCAGAACCUCCAUAGCCAAGAGGACGACGACUCCUCGUCGGAGAGUGGCAGCGGCCAUGGGUCCUCCACCCUGAACCCCUCGGCAUCCAGCAGCACUCAGGGCGACCCGGCCUUCCCCGAGAUGAACGGCAACGGGGCGGUGGCCCCCAUGGACUUCACGGCCACUGCCGAGGACCAGCCCAUCAACCUGUGCGACAAGCUCCCGGCCUCGGCGCUCAGCACCCCGUCCUACCCCUCGGAUGGCUGCACCGACGGGCUGCGGAGCCGCGUCAAGUACGGGGUGAAGUCCACCCCUGAGUCCCCACCCUACAGCUCGGGGAGCUAUGAUUCCAUCAAGACCGAGGUCAGUGGCUGUCCUGAGGACCUGACGGUGGGCCGGGCCGCCCCUGCGGAUGAUGACGACGAUGACCAUGAUGACCAUGAGGACAAUGACAAGAUGAACGACUCUGAAGGCAUGGAUCCCGAGCGCCUCAAGGCCUUCAACAUGUUUGUGAGGCUCUUCGUGGACGAGAACCUGGACCGCAUGGUGCCCAUCUCCAAGCAGCCCAAGGAGAAGAUUCAGGCCAUCAUCGAAUCCUGUAGCCGCCAGUUCCCCGAGUUCCAGGAGCGUGCCCGCAAGCGCAUUCGCACGUACCUCAAGUCCUGCCGGCGCAUGAAGAAGAACGGCAUGGAAAUGACCAGACCUACGCCUCCCCACCUGACCUCAGCCAUGGCAGAGAACAUCCUGGCAGCUGCCUGCGAGAGUGAGACACGGAAGGCGGCCAAAAGGAUGCGCCUGGAGAUCUACCAGUCCUCACAGGAUGAACCCAUAGCUCUGGACAAGCAGCACGCCCGGGACUCAGCGGCUGUCACCCACUCCUCUUACUCACUGCCCGCCUCUGCCUACUCCCAGGACCCCGUGUAUGCCAACGGCGGCCUCAACUACAGCUACCGAGGGUAUGGGGCCCUGGGCAGCAAUUUGCAGCCCUCCGCCUCCCUCCAAACAGGAAAUCACAGUAACGGGCCUACGGACCUCAGCAUGAAGGGUGGGGCCUCUACCACAUCGACCACACCCACACCCACGCCCUCUGGCAACAGCACCAGCAGGACCAUGGCCACCGCCCAGCUCAGCCCCACGGAGAUCAGCGCGGUGCGGCAGCUCAUUGCCGGCUACAGAGAGUCGGCCGCCUUCCUGCUGCGUUCCGCAGAUGAACUGGAGAACCUCAUUUUACAGCAGAACUGACCCCCCCUCGGCGCCUGGAGCGCAUGACCCUCGGGAAGGAGGCUGUCCCGGCCCAGACCUGGCUUCCUGCCUCGCCAGUUGGUACAUUCUGUUUUCCGAAAGAGGUGGGAUCACACGAGCUGUUUCUCGCCACACUCCAAGCACCUGAAACUUUGGGCACAAGGACACUUUUUUUUUUGGAAUCUCGCCACACGGGUGCUUUUGAUCCUGCUUGGAAGAGGUGGAUGGGGCAGCUCUGGACAGGCUGGGGUGCCCCUGGCCAGCCACUGGGGCCACAUCUCUCUUUAAAAUCAUCUUCGUGGACCCUGAUGUUAGAACCCCACCCCCAGAUAAUUACCUUUUCAAGUCUUAGGUGAGCAGAAUCGCAUAUUUAUUGAGACAAACAAAAGUGGACCCUUUCUUCCUCACCCUUUAGUAAUUUAUUUUUCUGAAAAUGGAUUCUUUUGUGUUUGUACAGAUUGCCAGUCUGUGUCUGUCUGAUCAGAAGGAUGUGUCCCUGUGACCUAACAUUCCAUAUCACUACACUGGCGCGGGUGGGGCGGGCACAUGCCGGGCUGGCCGGGCCCCCACCCCCCCUCCAAGUGCCCAGCACCGCCAAGCAGCAGGACUCUCCCCAAUCCACUGCAAAGCAGAGACAAACAGAAAUGGCUCCCCCCAGCACCCCCAGAUGCCCCAGUCACGGUCACCUGUAUUCUACCUCACACUCCAGCAUGGGCUUUUUCCAGGAUGUGCCCGAGCCUGCUCUGAGGGGCUGCCUGGGAGGUAAGUCCAGAGAGGGAGCCCUGUCCCUCCCCAGCAGAGCAGCCACCCAAGUCCCUUGUCCCCAGCCCUCCCAGCGGCUCCCCAGGACAGAGUGUGGGGAGCCCCCAUCCCAGAGACCGCACCCCACUCUACCCAGGCCAGGCCUACCCAGCACCCUUUGCUUCUGGGUGAACACCCCCAGUGUCAGGCAGCCACCAGACAGAACGGAAGAUGUGAGACCCCAGGUCGAAGGGAGCCUCCAUGGAAGUGGAGAAGCCACUUGGGGUCCCCUUGGGUCAGGCCUUCUUCCUGAGGGACCAGUCCUGGAACAAACCCAUCUCCCUGGAGUGUGAACGUGGGCAGGCAGGAAGAGCUGGCUUGGUCCCCUUGCGCCCCGAUAGGCACUUCCUCUUGCUCAGUGCAAUACCUACCAGUGCUGCUAAAACCAGGGACUCGCCCAGACCUCAGAGGCCCCCGGGCCUCCCCGUGGAACACUCCGUAGCCAUGACGCAGUGCACUGCUGUCCGCCCUGCCCAGAGCCGGCAGAAGCCCUGUUGUUGCCUUUCCUCCCUCAACGCAGAGAGGCCCCAGGGGAGCCCCGGCCAUGUGAACCCCAGCCCAGCCACCAAGAGCUACUCAGCCCCAAGCAGGCCACCCUACCCCAAACCAGCUCUUCUGUCUGUCUCCUUGCACCCCUAGGAGGGGCAGGAAAGGGACCCUAGUGUGGAUACCGCACACUGCCUCAGGUCCGUGAGCUAGGGGCUCCAGAGCCAGAGGGGCAAAGCAGGAUGUCUGCCCAUCCUGUGCUUCCGGCUAGAGGCUGGAGAUGGCCUUUUUUUCUCUCCAGUGGCCUCCGACACCCCACCCAGCCACACCGCCUCUUGCCUUCCAUCGGCCUCACCCCCCAAGUCUCCGCAAGGCCAGGAUCCCCUUCGCACAGCACAAACUCCAGUGCCCAAGGCCGCCUCCACACCCCAGCCAUGCACUCAUCCAGCCCUCAUCUGCUCAGCACUGCUCCCGGAUGUUUGAAUUUGUGUAAAUAUUUAUUUUUGUGUGUGAACAAUACUACAAAAUGAUCGGUAGAUCUUUUGCAAAAUGUUACCCCAGACAAUUUGUGAAAAUCGUAAUGUUAAAAACUGGCAGAGACAAUCGCCGCCUUAGACUUCUUGAUAUCAAUUGCUCAACAUG